AUGCGUGCCCUAGCCGUUUCGAUAUGGGUAUUUAUCAACCUGGUAUUUUUCGGUAUGUGCGGCUACAUGUACCUCUUGUGGUCGCAAUACUGGCUUUAUAUUGAGCGACAAGCGGAAACGUCUUCCUCAAAUUACGACCAACAGAUUUUUUAUUACAACAGGGGAUAUUACCCGAACAAUAGCGCAAUAAACUUACAAGCGAAACAGAGACAAAAGCAUUCAACGAUAUUCAAAGAAAACCUCACGGUAACCGUCAUUAAAAACAGCCGGCCUAGAUUCCCCAAUCUCCAGCCGAAGGAUUUCCACACGGAUUCGAAGAAAUUCGUUUGCUCCAAGAACGACAGUUCCAUCGACUGCGAUAAGAAAACGUCCGAAUACAAAGACAACAUCAUCAAGGAACUGAGGCGGGUGUUUACAGACGAAAGCAACAUCCUCCGCAUGGGCAAGGAAAACCCCUACGACGUCCAAUACCGAGGAGCCAGGGGAAACUUCAUGGAGAAGAGCCCCAAGAGGGUCCUCUGCGAGCUCAUCGACGCGCCCUUGAGCACGAUCAAAAGGGCCGACAUCAGAAACCACGUCUUGAAGGAAUUCAUACCGAAGAGGGCUUUCUUCGAGAAUAAACGAUACAACAGUUGCGCCAUUGUAGCCAGCGCCGGGUCGCUCAGGGACUCCAAUCUAGGCGCUUUGAUAGAUUCCCACGAUUUGGUGUUGAGGUUCAACAACGCCCCGACGAAAGGGUUCGAGCGCGACGUGGGCACCAAAACCACCAUCAGGUUCCUCAAUUCGCAGGUCGUGACCAAACCCCAGUUCAAUUUCCUGACGUCGAAUUUGUACAAGAACGUGACGAUAGUGGCCUGGGAUCCCAGUAACUACUCGUCGUCGAUCAAAGAGUGGCUGGAACGGCCCGAGUUUAACCUGCUGCCCAAUUACAUGGCUUUCAGGAGGGGCGCUCCGAAGUCCAGGACGUUCCUGCUGAACCCGCAGAACGUGUGGGACGUGUGGGAUUUCUUGCAGAACAAUUCGCCCAGCAUGCUGAGAAGGAAUCCUCCGUCGUCCGGGUUCUUAGGUCUUCGACUUCUUCUGCCUUAUUGCUCGUUCGUGGACGUGUUUGAGUACGUUCCUUCGGCGAGGGUGACGAAACGAUGUCAUUAUUACGAUCCCGAGGAGAAUCCUUCGUGUACCUUCGGCGUGUGGCACCCUCUGGCGGCGGAGAAGUUGUUAACUUACUACAUCAAUUUGGCCAGCGACAGGGACGUUUUCCAGACGGGUUUCGUCCGAAUAGCCGGCGCUAAGAACUUUGAAUGUUAA